AGACCAAAGUACUUUCGUAAUUCAUUUAUCCGAAAACUUUCGGACAGGAGACGUUGUGUUCUAUGUCUCCUGUUUCGGACUAACAAGGAUCACAUUAUCGGCACCCUGUAUGAUUCGAUGUCAGACCACUUUUUUUUUUUGUGAGGUUGGUCAGGUCGAGGUGCUUGUUCUUGUUGUUGGUCCCUUUUUGUUUUGGCUGGCUUUGGCUUUAUUUGUUUGUUAUUGGUCUAGGAGUUUCGUCGUCGGCAUUGUGUUGGUUAAUUUUGUGGAUUGUUCUCGAAUGUGAGAAGUAGCAGCUUCAGGUUUACUCCAACAAUUUUUAUUGUUGACAAUUAGAGCUAGUGGUGAAAAUGACACUAGAUAUAACCAGCGUAAUAGAUACGAAUCACAACAGUAUCAUAUUUGGAAGCCUGCCGGAUUUGUACAACAAUGAAGUAUAUUGUGAUGCAAUAUUUUACUGCAAAGAGGGAAAGACAGUGAAAUCUCAUAGAUUACUUUUAAGUUCUGUUAGUCCAUUCCUCCAUAUGUUAUUCCAUCAACAGAGAUACCGUGAAGUCAUAGAAAUUUCUCUACCUGAUUUCAAUGUUGAAGAUGUGGACAACCUCCUUAGAUUUGUCUAUGAAGGUGUUAUUAGGCUUCAGCAAGAAGAAUUAGCUAUUUUUACAGAGAUUAGGAAAACCCUAGAAAUCAAUAUAGCCGUAAUUCUUCAAACUGAUAAUGCUGAACAUAUUCUAGAAAAUGUAAUGAUAAGAAGGAGAGACCUUGUUAACAAGGGAAGUGAGAAUGUUAUAGAAAACAUCAUAAUGAAGAGGACACUCAGUGAGCAAGGUACAAAAAAUGCAGUGAACAUUCUAGAAGAUAUCACCAGGAAAAGGAAACUAGCUGACAAUAACAAUGAAGCAACAGCAACACCCUCAAAUUUCAAAAUUCAAAAGAGGAUGAAUCCAGCUCAUGAAGAUAGGCAAAAUAUUGUUAGUUGCUUUAACAAUAUAAUUGAGAACUUCAAAGCUUCAACCCCCAAACAGAAACCCAAGACCCUUGCAGGUGCUGGUGAACCCAUUGUCUCUCAACCUGCCAAAAGUCAACUCCUUGUAUCAAUCAGCAAGUACCAAACUGCUGUUAAUUGCUAUGAGAGGAAAAGGCUGGAGAAAAAUAUGGAAGGAAUUGUUGCUAAAAUUGUGAAGCAAGAAAUAGAGAAGAUUAGGCAAGAUCAGAAAGAAAAAAAGAAGUCUAAACUUCAUCCUCCUAAACCUCCUAACCAAGUAGUGCUCAAUCCAACUUUUUUACCUAACGUAGCCCAUGUAGGGGCAUUGCCAACUGCAUCAAAACCUAGUCUAAACUCUACUAAUGCUUUGUCCAUUCAAAGCAAGCUUUCCGAAAUUCAACCACUUCUAACAAAGUCUAUAAAUAAAGAUGUCUGUAUGAAAUCGGUGGAAAUAUUGCCAGCCAUGCCUACCAUUUCCACCCAACCACCUGAACAGACUCUGAAUGAAAAUUCGAGAAGUAGUACCCAAGAUGUAUGUAGUCACGCCUCAAACUUUUCGAGUGUUACUGAAGAAGUACUGAUUCCUCCUUUUACACCAGCUGGUGCAGGAACACCCAAGACAAUAUCUCCCAACAAAGUUGUUAAUAAUAUUCAAGGGAAGUCGUCAAUUUCUACCAAGCCUGCGGAACAAGCUCCUAAAGGAAAGGCAGGUAUUUCUACCAAAGGUAUCGUAAGUUAUCCCUCUACAGAAAGUUUGAAUGUUACUGAAGAGGUAUCAAAUCUCCCUCGUUUUACUGCUCUGUCUGUUGUAAAAACAUUAUCCUCUCCCUCUCAGUCCGUUCAGCCUAAAACUCAAACUCCCAUCCGCUCUUUGGGCCAACAAUGUGAUCAACCCAAAGGAAAACUUUCAUCUAAAUUACAUACACCCCCUUCUAGUUCUCAAAGCAACCUGGUGAAAGGUGGGAAAGGCUACAAUCUCUUUGACAGUCCCGUAGUUGAAGUGCUUUCACCGUCCCCACGAAGCCCUGUGAUUAAUGCAUUGUGCCCCAUUGGGAGUGGAGUGAAAACUCUCCCAAGUAAAGUAAAAAAGACUUAUAUCCGCAAAGGAAAAUAGUUAAUGUCACGUAUUUAAAUUUCUUGUAUCACUGUUGACCUGAUAGUACUAAAUGACUAAAUGAAGACUAGAAAGCACUGUUUAAGUAUUGUAAGUUGUGAAAAGUGCUCGUAUUAUUUUACUCUCUUAAGUUCAGUAAGCUCUUCACUAGUUCUUUCUUCCAUGUUAAUUACAUUGAUAAGUUUAAUGUGAAAAUUUUUACGUGUGAGAUGACUUGCUCUGUGCGGUUGCAGUAUUCAUAUUAUUGUGAUCAAUAUACCGUACCCUUUUUUUUUCUAAUUAAAAAAAUGCGAAACAACA